CAAUUUAUUACAAAAUGGCUUCUUGCUGCUAGUCCUGUUGUGGUGUUGAAUUAAUUGAAUAAUUCUCGUAAAAGCCAUUGCUGUUGUGAUUUUCAUUGCUUAUCGUGUUAUUAACUACCAUCCACGAUGACUCUUCGAUUCAUCGUGCUGAUUUGCGCCGCGACUUGCGCGCUUGCUGUCUCUGAUCAUUCAUAUGAAGACAACCGCUGCAAAUGUGUUUGUCCGAGCCCCGCAGCUGUGCUCAACGACACAGCGGCAGCCGACCGCAGUCCCUUCAUGAAGUCUGCUAAUGUUCCACCUAAUAAAUGCAACUGCGAGUCAGUGAUUCUACCGCGGGUCGCCGAUCAGAUCAAGGGCAGGGAGCAAGAGUUUUGUCCCCGAUGCGAGUGCAAGUACGAAAAUAGAAACACUACUAUCAUAAAGGUGGUGGUUAUCAUCGUGAUUUGGGUCAUAAUGUUGCUGGUCGUGUACAUGGGCUUCCUUAUUUGUCUGGAUCCUCUUAUCAACAAGCGAGCGAAGGCUUCUUAUCAGGAGCACACCAAUGAAGAUGACGAGAGUACCCUGGGUGGUCCGUCACAGCAGAUGGGCGCUCGUGGCAACGUGUUGAACAGGGUGACGCAUCAACAAGACAAAUGGAAGCGUCAAGUACGUGAACAGCGCCGUAACAUCUACGAUAGACACACGAUGCUCAACUAGGAUCCACUUCAUACCUCAUCUGUGGCGUAGCUAGACUAAGGAAAAUGUCAACUGACACUCGCACGACUCGUGUCGACCAAUGCGAGUGACGUCACUUACGACAGGCGUUAAAACCGCCACCUUAGUAUAAAUCAGUUUAUAAGCGUAUAGUUUUUUAGCGUUUAGCUUUAAGUUCUCAGUAGCGGAUCACCACGAACAGCCUUAGAUGUAGAGUUUGUAUUCAAGCCUUUGCUCAUUUCUAUAUUGGAAUUGCAUGCACCAAUUUAACCGAGUUCUCUUUUUCUAUUCAAUACAAUAUAAUGGAAUUUGCACUUGACGCCGCUUCCGUGUUUAAGCAAUAGGUGGCGUUACUAGUCUAGAUUGUGACGUUAUGUCCGCCUUGGUUUGAGUUACCAAGCGCCCAGUGUUGCGUCAGAGUACUCGAAAUUGGCAUUUUAGACCACUAGCGCCAUUUAAGUAAAGUAACUAAAAGCGAGACAUGACGUCACACUAGACUAGUAAUCUAUUGCAUUUAUAUGUACUUAAAUAUGGAAGCGCCGUCACACUUAAAAAUGGAUAUUAUUUAGAUAUAUGAUUGAUAGAUACUUGAUAAUGUACAUAUAUUCAAGAGUUAUUAUAUUGUCAUAUAAUUUUAUGCAGUGGAUAUUGUAGGGCAAACGUAUUAAUGAAUAAUCUAAUUUGUCAUUUACCAGGCAUUUUAUAUGAAAUGCGAUCUGCACUCUGUAUUUGAUGUACAUUGUAAGCAUCGCGGUCCCUGAACCGUUUUCUUUUUCGAAGAUAAUUUUUAACUAAUACUUCUGCAAAUAUUGUGAAAUAUACAUAACGUUAUUGUAAAUGCCCGAACUACGGUAGUAGGUCAUAACGAUACCCAUUUGGUUGUAUUUAUCAACUCAUGUUUAUUCAAAAUAAAUGUGAUUUCAAGAA